AUGAAUACUUUCGCAAGAAUUAAAAGUGUGAAUGACGAAAAGGUGGAUAAUGCUCUCCAGCACAGCCACUUCAGGGCUCAGGCCUUGAAGGAAGUGUUUGAUUCUGAAAACCCCGUCCUCGUUAACUUUCGUGUUUGGGAUGAAGGCAGCACAAAAACCGAGGAUAGUGAGGUCAAAGUUAAAGCAUUGAUAGAUCCGACUAAACAAGACGAGCAGAUCGGUGUUUCGCUGUCUGCCCCGAGCUCAGACCUGACGUGGCUGGAAACUAAAGCAGAAGAAGCUGUAAAAGAUGAUAAUAAGCAACAUUCUGAGGAAAAGAAACGCCUGAGAGAAACCGUCGCAGAGAUACGUCACACUAGUGUUUAUUCCUUGGGUGUUUGGAUCCAGAAGAUGCUUCGUGAAAACAACGCCGUCCAUCUAAAACCGUUCGACAUAGAUGUGGAGGAGCAGAGGAGACUGGAAGACAUGGUGGAGCAGGAAGCCGAGAGGGAGAGAGCUGAAACUGAGCAGAGCAUCGCAGAGAUGUGUUACCUCCAGGGUGUCCUGAGAGAACGCUGGGAUUCUUGGAUGGUUAAAAGCAGGGCCAUCAAGGCUUUCUACUCGGAACCGAUUGUACAGAAUUACCCUCUCAGUGAGCGAGCACAGAACGAACUGGAGGACCUCCGCAGGGUUCAGAAUAUGAGGAAACUUGACGAGGCGGCCCGCACCCCGAGCAGCGCAAAGAACGGUUCCAGGGCAGAAGACCAAAAAAAGGAGGAGGAAGGCCGCAAGGCAGAGAGCGCUGCUUUGAAAGGAAGCUUCUCGGCCCAGUUAGGCUUUUCAAACCCUUACAUCUACGACCAGUUCAGCUUACAAACCAUAGAACAGAGGAUUAAUCAGACGGUUCUGCUGCAGGAUGUGAUUUAUAGCAUCAAGAUGGCGUUCAACACAGAGUUUGAAGCACGGCACAGACAGAAGCUGCAAGAGCUCAGACGAGUGGGAACCAGGAACAAACGGAUCAGAGAGAUCAUGCAGGAGCUGGACGUGAACCGGGAGCUGUGGGAGUCUGGUCUGAUGGACAGCGAGUGGCCAGAAAGGCUGCUCACUGUGGACGACUCUGAGAUUCAAGCAGAGAAAUACCUCACCCCGGAGGAGGAGGAAGAGAGGAAGAAGAUGGAGGAAACUUAUCUGGCUGCUAAGGGUGACGACAGCAGAGAAAAGGCUCUGGAUGACAUGAUGGACGGAGCGCUUCAAGUGCAAAAAGUGGACAUUUUAAAAAUGGAAAUCCCUGUGCCCGAGUUUGUUUUGACCAAACCUGACAACCACUGGAGUGAGGAGGAGAAAAACGUCUACAAAGAGUUUGAAAAGAAAACAAAAGAGCUUAAUGAGGAGAAGGACAAAUACAAAAGGUCUUUGGAAAUUGAAAUGAGAAACCUGCAGAAAUUCAGCAAAGAAGGGACUGAGAAGUUCGAUGAAACGCUGACAAAACUAAUGGAGAAGAAAGUGGAACAUACAGCAGCUAUUUACCAGGAAGAGCUCAUGAUCAUCUACCUUGCAGACUCUGUGCUCACAGAAGAAGAGAUGAGAAACUCGGAGCUGGAGCUCAAGCUCCAGCUUGAAAAUCUGCUGGCGAACAAGCAUGGAGCCAGGGAAGAGGUGGUGAGACAAGAACACGAGGUGGAACUGUUUCAGGAGGCAUACAAGGACCUUGUAUCUGCAGACAAAGCUCUUGAUGGGGUCUUCAGGAAGGAGUUUUCAGACGUACCGACCCCAAUCGUUGAUCAUCUUUACAAACUGUUCAAACGUAGACCCAGAGUUCAGAUGAUGAGGGCCCAGACUGGAAAGACCUCCGAGUUUAAAGAGCAUCGUCUGCACGGCUCCCUGGUUCUUGAUGCGCUCAACGAAGUGCUCAAAGGCAUGGAGGAGCUGGAUUCUCUCACGUGCAUGCCAGAGGGUCUAGACCUGUCCAUCUGGGACAGAAUGUGUCUUUUGCGCAGAGCAAAAGUGGAGAGUGAACAACAGGUGCAAAUGAAAGCCUUGACUCUUGCUGAGAUGCAGGCCUUUCUGCAGAAAAGGAAUGACGAAGUGAAAGCUGCCCAACAGGAAAUUACAAACUGCUCUGAGGUGCUGAAGAGUCUGCAUAAAGAGAGGAAUGAUCACCUGAUAAACACCAGGGUCCAAGUUGUGCAGAAACAAGGACAGGUGGAGAUGCUAAGCCCCGUCCUGUCAGUUGGCAGCAUGAGCACCAACUUCCUUUGCCACAAAAGCAUGGUAGACAAGCUCAGAGGACAAAGCAUGGGUCUUGAAGAGGAGGAGAUAUACACCAUGAGGAAGAACGAAAAUGCCCUCAAGAAAAUAAUGCAGCUGGAGUGGAAGCAGAGUGUGCUCGAGAACGAGAUCCAAGAUCUCAAAGAGAAGACGGACAUCAAGAUGCUGCAACUCUCUAACCAGCAACAGGAUAUAGGAAUUCAUCAGCAGAAGGUGCAGCAAUGCCAGAAAAGAAUCGACCAGAUGAAACAACAGGAAGUAAAUAAAACAAAUAGCUGUGAGAGUUUUGAGCAGCAGCUUCCUGAACUACAGGUGACUGUUGCAGAGCUGACGAGCAUCUGUGGUUUGGCAGCCACCGAGGAAAACCUGGCAGCCGAAAGAGAAGAGCGCUACCAGGAGAUCCUUCAGAGGAAGACGUGGAAGGAGACAGCCAUUUCUCAUGCAGACGAACUGUUUUUCCUCAGCGAAGAAGUGGAGCGUUUGAAAAAGAAGAAUUACAUCUCCCUUGAUGAGCUGGAGCACCACAACUAAAACCAGAUUAUUUAUUUAUUUGCAACU